AUGUCACAGCCAGUUGAUCAAGUGUAUCCUAAUAGUGGCACAUUAAACCAGCCUUCUUCCAAUUCCAAUGGUUCAUUUGGACCUGUUUUCAUUGUCUUGGCCGUGGUACUCGUAGUAUCAGCCAUUGCUUGCGUGUUUGGACGGCUGUGCAACCGGAAGGACCACCGUCGUAGUAAGGAGCACCACAGCGGCAAGGUGGAGCACCACCGUGGUAAGGCCAAGCCGGUCCGAGGCCAUGACCUUGGCCCUAAAGAAUGGGAGUCUAGGCAAAAACCAAGUUUCAAAGAUGUGGACAUAGAAUUUGGGUUCGACAAAAGAACCCCUACUGCUAAAGUGGCUGCACAUGGAGAUCCAAGAGGACCAAAGCCACCGCAAAAUGGUGGGUUCAAAGGUCAAGUGAAAUUUGCUAAUAAUGUGUAG